UCUCCCACUCUCAUGCCGGCGCGAAAGUAUAUUUCAAAAUGUUUGUCACAUUAUUGUCAGUCGUCCUCUGAGAUUCUGAACCGUGUGCCGAAGUAUAUCAAAUAUUUAGUAUUCACGGAAAAAAUGUAAUUCACGUAUUUCACGGUAAAAUAAUGCAGGUCAACUCGAUUAUUUAUUUAUAAUAUGACAUUGAUUUUGUAAACAAAUAUAUAAUAUUGUAUGUUUAUCAAGAAAUAAUAACCGGGAAAGCGAAUUGUGAGGUUAUGUUGAUCUGUGUUGAGAUUUCAGAUUUAACUCAGAAAUCGUAAAUGAUUUCAUUGAUUAGAAUUGUUGCAUCUAGAUAUUAUUUCUGAAGCCAAGCUCAUCAAUUAAUCACAAACAUGCCUGACAUAAGAGUUACACCUCUGGGAGCGGGCCAAGAUGUUGGCAGAAGUUGUAUUCUUGUGUCAAUAGGUGGAAAAAAUAUAAUGCUUGACUGUGGUAUGCACAUGGGAUUCAAUGAUGAAAGAAGAUUUCCAGAUUUUUCUUACAUUGUACCUGAAGGACCAGCCACUAAUAUCAUAGAUUGUGUUAUCAUUUCACACUUUCAUCUUGAUCAUUGUGGAGCACUGCCAUAUUUCACUGAAAUGGUGGGAUACUCUGGUCCAAUUUAUAUGACACAUCCAACAAAAGCUAUUGCUCCAAUUCUUUUGGAGGAUAUGAGAAAAGUUGCUGUUGAAAGGAAAGGAGAAAGUAAUUUUUUCACUUCUCAAAUGAUUAAAGAUUGCAUGAAAAAAGUUGUUGCUGUUACUUUGCAUCAAUCAGUUAUGGUAGAUCCAGAUUUAGAAAUUAAAGCUUAUUAUGCUGGUCAUGUACUUGGAGCUUCUAUGUUUUGGAUUCGUGUGGGAUCUCAGUCAAUUGUUUACACAGGUGAUUAUAAUAUGACUCCAGAUCGUCACUUAGGAGCUGCUUGGAUAGAUAAAUGUAGACCAGAUUUGUUGAUAACUGAAUCUACUUAUGCAACCACUAUAAGAGAUUCAAAAAGAUGUCGUGAGAGAGAUUUUCUCAAAAAAGUUCAUGAAUGUAUUGACAAGGGCGGUAAGGUAUUGAUUCCAGUAUUUGCACUUGGUCGAGCACAAGAAUUGUGCAUAUUAUUAGAAACAUACUGGGAAAGAAUGAAUCUAAAAGCACCUGUGUACUUUGCUCUUGGUUUGACAGAGAAAGCCAACAAUUAUUACAAAAUGUUCAUUACAUGGACAAAUCAGAAAAUCAAAAAAACUUUUGUACAGAGAAAUAUGUUUGACUUCAAGCACAUAAAACCAUUUGACAAAUCAUACAUUGAUAAUCCUGGCGCUAUGGUAGUAUUCGCUACACCUGGAAUGUUACAUGCGGGUUUGUCACUACAAAUUUUCAAAAAAUGGGCUCCAAAUGAGCUUAACAUGGUGAUUAUGCCUGGUUUUUGUGUGCAAGGGACAGUAGGACAUAAAGUACUGAAUGGCGCUAAAAGGAUUGAAUUUGAAAAUCGUCAAAUAGUUGAAGUGAAACUGGCUGUAGAGUACAUGUCGUUUUCGGCUCAUGCCGAUGCUAAAGGGAUCAUGCAAUUGAUACAAUAUUGCGAACCAAAAAAUGUCAUGUUAGUUCACGGUGAAUUCGCCAAAAUGGAAUAUUUGAAGGAGAAAAUAAAGCAAGAGUUUAGUAUAAAUUGUUACAAUCCCGCCAAUGGCGAAACUUGCGUAAUCAAUACAAUGUCUAAAGUACCAGUAGAUGCAUCAUUAGCUUUACUGAAAUCUGAAGUAAAAACCUAUUCGGCCUUACCUCCAGAUCCAAAAAGACGGCGUCUUCUUCAUACAGUACUGAUGUGCGGAGAAGAUGGAAUUUGUCUUCUUGAUCCUGAUGAAGUUGCCAAAGCUGCUGGAAUAUCAAAACAUACAUUACGGUUUACUUCAAAUGUUCAAGUGAGAGAUCCAGGUCCUGCGCUCGCGACAACGAAGAAAUUGUUGCAACCGUUGAAAGAGCGAUUAUCUGAUUGGAAUGUACAAUUUGUUGAUAAUGCAAUAUCCGUUGAAUCGGUAUUAGUUAAAGUUGAAGGUGAUGAGGAUGAUCAAAAGAGUGUUUACGUUUCUUGGACUAAUCAAGACGAGGAUUUAGGAAGUUACAUUCUCGGAUUUUUGCAGACCAUGCUUAGUCAUUAGAAUAUUUUUUUUUUAUUAAAGCUAAAAUAUACAUAUUUGUAUGAUAUAUAAAUAUUUUGGAAAAAAAACUUGAAAUAGAAAACUAUCAAUUUUGUAAAGAAAAGAAGUAUUACGUCUAAAAACAUUAUUUUCUUAAUAGCAGUAAAAGCUAAAAUUUUGUAUAUAAGUGACGUCAGAAAAAAACGUUUUUUGAUUUUAUAUUCAUUAAUAAACUAUGUAUUUUGUAAAUUGAUCAACUACUUAUUUUAUGACUGCAAUCCCCAUAACAAAGUGAUUAAUAUUUUGUAAAGUACUCUAGUGUGAAUUUAAGUUGAAAUAAGGGAGACGAUCAAAAAGUCGAAAAACCUUGAAGAUGUUAUUUUGAGAUAAAUUGAGAACCAUAAAAUAGCAGCUUUAAUGUAUUUAUUUAUAAUUUUAAUAUAUAUAAAAUCAGUAACCACAAUUACAAUUUUCUCUCUUUUGAAAUAGUAACAAAGAUUUUCAUCCUUUUCAACAGUCCUCCUUAUUUGUUAGUCUGAGCUACAAAUUUAUUAGAGAACUCUUCAUUACGGUUUUCGACAAGUUUGGAAAUUAAGAAAAGCCAUAGCUACGAAUUUUGGCAAAUUGCUCAAAUAAAUUUGUCAAAUACCAUAGUAUCAAGGCAUUUUUUUAACUUACACGAGUAUAGUUAAGUGGUACAAUAAUUAAGUAAUAAUAAAUCAUUUUCAUUUGUUAAAAAGUCUACUAAAAUUUGUCUUACGUUUCAAGAAGUUAAUUAACCUCCCUUUUUAUUUGUUAUUAUUGCACAUACUUCAUUUAACUUUCAUCAUACAAAUUGAUUUUACUGCCAGAGAUAGGUCUCAUUCGCAAAAUUGUCUUCAUUUUUUUGUAUAUAUGAUACAAUUUUUUUUAAUUUUAUUUAUUUCUUUUUUUUUAAUAUUAACGUGUUCGAAAAAUUUAAUUAAAAAUCACCUACACCACGAACACGUCGAUUGCUCGUGUUUAAAAAGAAUCACGUUUCGUUCGCAUUCUUCAUACCUAAUCCUUAAUAAAAAAAGGACAUUAUCAUGGUUAUUCGUUGGAAUUGAUUGCAAAUCAUCAAGAUAUAUAUCAUGUAUGUAUAAGCUUAUACUCUUUAGACCGUUUGAAUUCAUUUUCUUUUUCUUUUCUUUAUUCUUUAUAAUAAAAAAAUAAUCUCUUCUCGAAAAAUGCAUACUGCCCUUUUAACACGUAACAUAUCUGGUUUACAUUCCUUAUGAAUCGUCAUUUACAUCUAUUAAUGUAACCAUUACACACACCGUUUUUGUUAUAUUCAAUAUUCCUCCAAUUUUUUUACUAACUACGUAUUUAAUUGUUUAUAUUUUCAUCCACAUAAUAAAAUAUGAUAUUUGUAUAAUAAACAUUAUCCGUAGUAUUUUAAUAUUAUAUUAGUCUUCUCGGUAGCAAAGUCUCUGCUGUUUGUGUGUUUUUUUUUCUUCCAGCAUGACCGUGCAUGCAUUUGACACAUUCACCUUCGCCCUUCCUUAUAAAGCAUUCUUCGUACAUGAUUAACGCAAUUUGUUCUUUGAAGUUACUUUUUUCCGGAGCCACCCUGAAAUCCAUUAUAAAUGUAGUUAAACGCUCGUGUCAAUAUUUAUUAACAUUUAUUUUCAAAUCUUGCUAAUAUUAUUUUAAUUAAAAUUAAUAUUUUUAUUUAAAAUAAUAUUUUUGUUCGCUUAGAUUUGAAACAUUCAAAUUCAAUAUUGUUGAUCAAUUUUAAGAAAAAUAGUUCAAAAAGAUGAUCAGAUCAAUGUAAAUUCGACAAUAGAUUAAUAUUUCAUCAUUUAGAAGCAUUUUUCUAUAAACUGUAAAUAAAAGUAACAUUACUUUUGUACAAAUAUAGUAUCCGUCAAUGUGUCAAACAAUCAUAAACACCAUAGUAAAACGUACAGUAUUGCAACACCAAAACUACGAAGUAAUGCAAACACAUAGAUUAAGCUACACAAUAACUACGAAGCUCAGGAUCAAAGUAAAUAUUGCUUGAAUCAAUCAUAAUAAAUAUUCCAUUGUAAAUGUAUGCGGUGGUGAUCAAAGACUAAAGAAACAAAAUAUGCUUUGAGGUGAAGAGUGCUGGGAUGUCAUAUGCUUGUGAAAGUGGAUGAAAGUACAUGGAUGCAAAAUGUUAGCAAUGUUUCGGCAAGUUUAUUUGAAAAAAAGAUGGAUUUUGGUUACUUCUAAAUGCCAAAACAUUGCCACUAAAAUGAAAUAAAAUAGGGUUAUAAAUUGGUGACUGUUGUUUUAUGACAUAAAAGGUUGUUGCUAUCGUGUGCUACAGAUUGUAUCGAAUAUACCGUUUUUCUUUUGAAAUGUUCGGCAAAAUAUACACGUAACGUUUUAUGAAAAUGUGCUCGAUCCCUUUACCCUAGUGUUUGUGCUAUCAGUAAUAAAAUAACGAAUAUUGUGCUGUUUUCAUCUAGCAAUAAGUCUACAUUUUACUGUAUAAAUCUCUUUUAAUUUAAUCUCAAUGUACCAUGUCUAGUGUUAUUUGCUUUGGCUGCCCUAUACAAUUUU